AUGCUGGAACUGAAGCAGAGGCUGCAGGAGGAGAUCCACCUGAAGGAGGAAGCUGAGAAUAACCUGGCUGCCUUCCGAGCAGACGUGGACGCGGCCACGCUGGCGCGCAUCGACCUGGAGAGACGCAUCGAGGCCCUGCAGGAGGAGAUCGCCUUCCUCAAGAAGGUGCACGAGGAGGAAAUCCGAGACCUUCAGGCCCAGCUGCAGGAGCAGCACGUCCAGGUGGAGAUGGACGUGUCCAAGCCAGACCUGACGGCCGCCCUGCGCGACAUCCGCGCCCAGUACGAGAGCAUCGCCGCCCAGAACAUCUCGGAGGCCGAGGAGUGGUACAAGUCCAAGGUGUCCGACCUGACCCAGGCCGCCAACAAGAACAACGACGCCCUGCGCCAGGCCAAGCAGGAGAUGAUGGAGUAUCGGCACCAGAUCCAGUCCUACACCUGCGAGAUCGACGCCCUCAAGGGCACGAACGACUCCCUGAUGCGGCAGAUGCGGGAGCUGGAGGAGCGCUUUGCCGGGGAGGCGAGCGGCUACCAGGACACCAUCGCACGGCUGGAGGAGGAGAUCCGGCACCUGAAGGAUGAGAUGGCGCGGCACCUGCGCGAGUACCAGGACCUGCUCAACGUCAAGAUGGCGCUGGACGUGGAGAUCGCCACCUACCGCAAGCUGCUGGAGGGGGAGGAAAGCCGGAUCAGUCUCCCCAUCCAGACCUUCUCGGCACUCAACUUCCGGGAGACCAGCCCAGAGCAGCGAGGCUCAGAGGUUCACACCAAGAAGACCGUGAUGAUCAAGACCAUAGAGACGCGUGAUGGGGAGGUGGUGAGCGAGGCUACGGAGCAGAAGCACGAGGUGCUGUAGAUGGUGCCGGCCGAGCGGCUGCGGAGAGACGAUCGGCACCGUCCGUUCCCGCCGACGCCCCCAUCCCGCCCCGCUCCUGCCCCAGCCCCUCCUCCAUCGUUCCCAGGGCAUAAUUUCCCACGCCUGCCUCCCUCCACACCCCCCGUCUCUCUCCUGCUUCUGAAGUGCUGUGUUGGGAGCUUGCCCGGGGGGCCCCGGAGUCAGAAGUGGGGCUGGGUGUGGGGAGCAGGGGGACACAGGGCCGUGGCUCGGGGGGUGUGGGGAAGGGGAGGCCAUUGCAGGCUCCCAGCAGCAGAUUCUGCAUCCCAGCCCCUUGUCCCCUGUACUCACACGCACCUUCCCUGCACCCCCCAGGGCCUGGCAGGGGCCUGCCUCCGCCCAGGCCUGGGGCCCCGGAGCUGGCAUUUCUCCUGGGCAGACCCGGCCCUGCCCAGCCUGGGAGGGGAGACGGAGACUGGCCAGCACCCCGUGUCCCCCAGCCUGAACCAAAGCCAUGGAGCUCUCCGUAGCGCCCAUCGCCUGGGGAACUGGGGCUGCUGCCGGCUCCAUGGGAUGGCGAGGGUGGGGGAACCAGGCCCCCAGGAGUGUGCCAGGGUCAGGCUGGGGGAGUCUACAGGAGGCUCCCCACGGGCAGGGAGCAGGGCGCGGUGGGACCCUCGGGAGCCUAGAGAGGAUCUGGGUAAGUGAAGGAAGCAGGCGAGGGAGAGAGAGGCAGAGAGAGAUAGACAAAGGCCAAGGGGCUGGGGGCACCACACCCCCACCUGGCCCCCGCCCCACAGUGUGUACGCGACUCCCCCAGGCUGCUGAAAUAAACAACGGAGCACGA